AUGGAAACUAAUCAGCUACCCGAUGAUCGAAAUAUCUCUUUCCGUUUCCCCUGUCGAAGUGGGGAUUUGCCUACUAUCUUCAUUGAUUCCACGUACUUGUGUGUAGCCAUCACUGCAGUGGUUUUAAACAUUCUCGUUCUAACCGGAAUAGCACAUAUCUCCUAUACAUUGAACCCAAAACGGUUUCUUGAAGUCCGUCGAUCUAACAAUCGAGGUCAUCCCAGAUUUAUGGUAAAUACUCUCCGUUAUUCAAAAAGUCUCCGAACAACACGAUUUCGAACUGGCGAGGAGAAUGACUUCAACUCCUACGCAAGUGAUGGAGCAUCGUUAAACAAAGAAUUCCAUGAAAAUCCUCUUCCUAGGUCCCCAAGUUGUCCCGAAAGAAUAAGCUCUCUUAGAAACCCGCAAACUAGCCAUACUAAUAAUUCCGUCACCUACUGGCUGAAUAAAACAAAUCUUGGGCGCAAAAGAACCUUCAAGCACUCACCCCAACCUAAACCCCGACAUUCAACCGCACUCUACCUCGUAUAUUCGUUGGGUCUCGCUGAUCUAUCCAACGCUGUGGUGACACUAUUCAGCAUAACAUUGGCGUUCUGGCGUCCUAAGCAUUCCUUUCUGGCAGAGCCCACCGGUGUAUACCAAAUCGAAGCCGUGAAACCAUGUGCUCGUUUAUUUCUUGCGGCCCUUCUAUGCACAUCUUAUAAUGCGUCUCUAUGUAGUAUAGCUAGUUUGAUGUUGGAUCUGUACCUUGGUGUAGUCCGACCCAUGCAUUAUCGCGUGCUGUCAAAGAAUACUCUUCUCAGAUUUGUAUUUGGGUUUUGGGGUUUAUCACUAAUCCUCGGUAGCCUCCAUAUAGUUCUUCCGACAAUCAAAUUUCGAGAUAUCUCCUCGCCAAUUUACCAGAGAUUUCUCUUGCCUACUGAGCCGUGCACAAUUUCACGAAAUAAUGAUCACAAUAACUUCUGCCUACACCGAGGAAUUUUCAAUCUCUUUCGAAGUGGAUAUGCAACAGCAGGAUUGCUUUUUAUUCUUGCACUACUUAUGAUCACGCUUUGUGUUCUCUCCCUUCGAAAAGUUCGUCGAGAUUCCCUAAAGCGUACUCGAACAAUGCGGAUCAUGGCUUCCACUCGAAGCGUAUCUCUACCGACAAUUAAUCGAGUGAAUGGAGUUCCGAUUAACAUGAGGACUGUUAACUUCAAUGUACCAAAGAGCAUUCCACGUUGCACUGGAAAGAACCUCCUUAGAAGUGCAUUCACACUUCUUUCACUAUGUGCACUGUUUAUUGCCUUCUUUGUGCCAUCUAUUAUUAUGGAUGCUUUCUUUACUCUUACUGGAAAGGCACCCAGACUUCCUCCAUGGAUUUUCGAUCUUGUAACUCAUAUGCCGGCGUGUGUGGCAAUGUUUAAUCCAAUUAUAUACUCUCUUCGACUCUCUGAUAUCCACACAGGGUUGAGGAACUUCAAGAAGCGUCUACUUUCGAGGACCGGCAAGGGUUUUGUGCGGAAGCAUCUGAGAUUCCAUCGAGAACAAAUCCUAGUUAGCACUAAGUUAACAGCCCAAUUGCGAAUUUGA